GAACCUUCUUGGUUAUCUAUUAUUAUCCAGCGAAGAAUGGAAAGAUGUUCACAUUUCAGCUCGAUGCUUCAUAGUGGAUCCUUCCGAACAUCUGAAGCAGGAAGGUGUUAAAUCCAGUGUUGAGAUUUUUGGUGCUGGAGCAGUUGCUUGCUGUACUAUGGGGAGCAGCAAGAAGACAUUACCCAUGUUCAUCUGUAGAGAAAGUUUGACAUCGGGGUGCAAAACUAUCCAGCUGCUGCAGAAGUGUGUCCAUCAGCAGCCUUGGGACCAUACUUCCUAUUACCUGCUUAUACUAAACUAUCUGCAAAAGGUGCGGGAGGAGAAAUUUCCGCAUAACAUGUGUGUUGUUCUUGAGCGGUUAAUAAGUGUGGCUCUUCAAAAUGAGCUUUAUGCGAAGGAAGACAUUUCGUACCAAUACCAAAAGUUCCAGCUUCUGCUUUGUGCUGCGGAGGUUAGUUUGCAAUGUGGGAAUAAUUUCAAUUGCAUUAUGCGUGCAAAAAGUGCUCUAGAGAUGCAGCUUUCAGAUAACUACCUCUUCUUUGCACACUUGCUACUGUGUCGUGCCUAUGCUGUGGAAGGUAAUUAUAUUGGGCUUCGUGAAGAGUACGUUAGGUGCUUGGAGCUCAAAACUGAUUAUCAUAUUGGUUGGAUUUGCCUUAAGUUUCUUGAAAGUCAAUACAAGCUGCACUCAGAUUCCAGUGCACUAGCCUUGGCCUUUCAAGAGUGUUGCAAAGAGAUAAAGACUUCGUGGAACAUGUGGAUUGCUAUAUAUAAUUUGGUUCAAGGUCUAACUGCAGUUUGGAAUGGGGAAUUUAUUGACGCAGAAGAGUCACUUGCGCAAGCUUGCUCGUUAGCUGGUGGUGAGAGUUGCCUUUUUCUCAGCCAUGGU